AUGGCUUCCAACAAGACCUAUCUCAUCACCGGCGCCAACCGCGGCAUCGGAAAAGGCUUCACGAGCCUGCUCCUCCAGCGCCCCUCAACCACUGUCAUCGCCGGUGUCCGUGACCUCUCCAACGAUUCUUCCCAAGCCCUCACCUCCCUCCCUAAAGCCGACGGCUCCAAACUCAUCCUCGUCAAGAUCGACUCCUCUGUCGAAAGCGACCCGAGCACGGCCGUCUCACAGCUUCAGAAAGAGCACGGCAUAACAUCUCUGGACGUCGUCAUCGCCAACGCGGGAAUCUCACACUCCAGCUCUCAAGUCCGUGAGGUCCCCGUCGAGGCUUCGCUGGAGCAUUUCAAGGUCAACUCCAUCGCGCCCCUCCUCCUCUUCGGCGCCGCCGCCCCGCUGCUCAAGAACAGCGAGAGCCCAAUCUUCGUCGCCGUCUCCUCAGUCAUUGGAAGCAACGGUGCGCAGGAGAUGCUGAACCAGGGCUUCCCAGGAGCCAGCCUGGCCCCGUACGGCGCGAGCAAGGCGGCCCUUAACUGGCUUGUGCGGAGGUUGCACUUCGAGGAGCCCUGGUUGACUAGCUUUGUCUUCCACCCCGGUCUGGUUGAGACGGAUAUGUCUGCGAAGAUGGGUUCUGAUUUGAAGGCUGCGGGAGCUAUCAGUGUCAAGCAGAGCGUGGAUGGGAUGGUGGCUACCAUUGAUGGCGCAACCAAGGCGACUAGCGGCACUUUUAAGAACCACGACGGCAGCGAUUUGCCUUGGUGA